AUGGCCGUCAUCGGCUUUUACAAUCUAGGCUCAACGGCACCAAGGAGAAUACAUGAGAGCAGCGAGCCGUGUCGUCAGACGAGCCCUCCGCGCAAUAAGGGCAAGGCAGCGACACACAAAGGGCCCAAGAACUUCGACCUCAUGCGUCUGCCAGCGGAGCUACGUCUCGAGGUGUACAAGAAGCUGUUGCCAUCACCUGAUGGUCUUGGUGUCUCUUUCUCCCGAAGUCGUCAUGUCUCUUUUGCAUCUGCCGCCGGCCCGAAUCGACAGUAUAAUGGCAUGUGGCGUUCACCAAUUCGUGCUACUCCUAGUCUUGGACAGUGCGAGGGCAUUGGAGAUGACGAACUCAGCUUCCCUGGCCAUGCUCAAGAACAUGGCAUCAUUGCGCACGACGACGUGUGGCUCUUCUGCGAAGACCGAUUCGGACCAUUACUGAACUUCGCCAAAGCCUCGCACACAACACGUGAUGAAGUCAUGCCCAUACUCAAUGAUAAUAUUGAGAUCGGGGUGCAGGACCUAAGCAUUGCCUGCUGGUACUCAGCCGCUCGUCCAUUCUUCACACAUUCGAUCACUGCCUUUGAGAUCUGCGCGCCUCUCGACAUGCCGCAACAGCUCAAAGAGCGCUGGCUCACACAGCUCUUCACCCGCUUCCCCAGUCUCGACAUCCUCAAGCUCACUGGUAUUCACGCCCACAAGGCCGCCUCUAUUUGGGGAACUCGCUACAAGCUGGACGAUCUGCGCAUGAUGAAGUUUGUGCUAGACAAUAGCAGACUUCAGAGAGUCGGCAUCAUCUCUUCGGACGGCACUAAUUGCGCUGCUGACCAGGAGGGAAUCUAUCGGAUCUGCCACCCCUUCAUUGCUUUUGCCACUGAGCCGUUUCAGUGUGGCGCGGGUGUCGUCUUCUCGGAAAUCGACUGCGAGGCGGAACUCAAGAAGGGUAUGGGUAGCGUCGUUGCUAAGGGUACGAAGCGUAAGAGACGCAGUUGGGCGUUGCAGAGAUAUUGA